CAGUUAGGAUCUAAAUACUUAGAUAUUGAAGAUCUGAGAAAAUCAGGUACACUAGAGCAGUGGUGUAAAGAAGGUAUCAUGAAGCUGACUCUUACUCGUGUACUCAUGAUUGGUCCUGCUGGAUCUGGAAAAACGUGUGCACAACGUCUUCUACUUAAUGAAGAACCUCCAACAACAAUAUCUGCUUGUUCUUGUGACUUAUCUACUUCUUCUGAUCAACACGCCAAUACUCCUUCAGCCACUAGCUCACCACCUGCUAAUCCUCUUAUCUCUUCUGAUUCUACAACUGCUUCUGGCUUCACUAUAGUCUCUACCACUGACAGUACACCAAUAGCUUGUAAAGCUGUCAAAGCUCUUAGAAUAGCUUUUGAUGAUGGUAAGGAGACAUGGAACAGAAUAACGAGGGGUAAAUUGCUUCAAAAAUUGGCAUCAAGUUUAAAAGAAGCUGCUUCUCAACAUUCUCAUUCAAUUGAUUCAUGGAGUACCCAACGGACAAUUAACCCAACAGAAACACAAGACCUUGGAAAUGUUUUUAAGGAAAUUGCUGAUCUCCUACCUGAUGCAGGAGCUCAGUUAAGUGAGAAGUGGGUAUACAUUGUUGAUUCUGGUGGUCAACCAGCAUACCAAGAGCUAUUGCCUGUGUUUACUAGAGCAGCUACUCUUAAUGUCAUUACACUUGAUAUUUCAAAAGACCUUGAUGAGGAGUUUGAGUUUAUGUAUCGAAUUAAUGGACAAGAAUUUCCAUGUGACAGAGGAAUAAAAUAUUCAAAUCGUAAGAUUUUCAAUUCUGUUGUUUCAUCAGCAUCAGUUCAAAAACCAAUUGAUAUUCCAUUUGUAAAACAUCAACCUAAACAUUCAAUGUCUUUUGUCCUGGGUACUCAUUAUGAUGUACUUAUUGAAAGAACUAAUGAAAAAGAUGCUGAGACAAAAGUGGCAAAGAUGAGUAGUAACUUGAUGUCGGAACUGCCUCAUUUAAAAAAUCGUAUCAUUUCUAAAGUACAUAAAAAUUCUGUAAUAUAUCCAGUUGAUACAAUGCAAAAAGAUCCAGUUGUAAGAGAGAAAAUUAGUAGAGAAAUUUUAGGGAUAAUGUCAAAAUGUACAGAAGUCGUAAUUGAAAUAGAGGUCCCAAUGCGUUGUUUUGUGUUUGAGCUGUACUUGGAAGAAAAGGCAGAAAGCAAAGGUUUUGCUACUAAAAAAGAAGCCAUUGAAGAAGGUGAUAAGCUUUACAUGAAUGAAGAAGAAGUUGAAAUAGCUCUAACCUUUCUUCACAACAGCACAAUCAUUUUAUACUACCCUGACAUUGAACCACAAUUAGUGUUUAUUGAUCCUCAGAAAAUCAUCAAUGUUCUUUCACAUUUGUUAGCUCUUACUUAUGUCAGUUAUCCAUCACCAGCAACAUCAAUGGCAACAGGAUUAUUACAGGAGGAAAUGACAUAUCUUACAAAUGAAGGAUGUUUCAAUGAAGCCCUUCUUGAUAAGUUUACGGACAUAUUUUUAGAUCCUUUUACACCAAAAUACUUCAUUAACCUCCUUGAACAUCUACAUAUUAUUAAAAGCGAGGCUCAAAAUGGAGAUAAUUGCUACUUUCUUCCUUCAGCUUUACCUGCCUACAAUAAUAACUAUGAUAAGGAUCUGCCUGAAAGUAUAAAGCCUCUUUAUUAUUUGUGGAAGGAGGAAUGUAAAUCAAGAUCUAAAAAUUUUGUCCAUGUUCCUCAAGGAAUUUUUUCUUUAAUUUUUGUCCAUUUGUUACAUUUGCUUGAACAGAAAGAAUUCUGUGACGAGAUGGAGUUUACUCAUCAUCCUAAAUAUCGUGAUGCCUUUUCACUUUGGAUCUACAUUAAAGGAAAGCGUUACACACUUUACAUAAUCAAUAAUCGCUCCAAACAUAUUGAAGUCUAUUUUAAUGGACCUAAGAACUAUUGUUCACAGGUUCGUGAGCUGAUUACCACAACUAUUAAUACAAGCUCUGAUGCUAUUAGUGCUAAACGAAAUUAUAUGAGUGCAUUUCCUUGUCCCAAUGGAAUAAAGCAUUGCUAUUGUAUUGUGAAUGAGAAGUAUAAGGUAGCAAAUUGCUCAAAGUGUGAUUCAAAUGAUAUCAGUAAAAGUGAUGAGACUUACUGGUGCUGGUUUGACUGUAGUUCAGCAGACAAAGCAAAAAGUAUUGAAAGAGAAGAGACAGAUUCAAAAGAAUCAAUAGCUGCUCAAUAUAAUCCUGGUUCUAUAACAGACAAAAAGUGUACUAAGGCAGCAGUCCAACAAAUAUUUGAUCCUUCUGCUCGCCAUUACAUGAUAAUAGGGACUGGAUUGGGUGUAGAUGUGGCUGAUCUGAUGCUAAUACCAGGACAAGCAAGUAACAACCUUAUUAAAGUAUUCGAGAGGUGGUUUGAUGCUGAUAAAGAUGUCAAUUGGGAUACAUUAAUAAAACUGUGUGAUGACUUUCCUGAUAAACUGGGCAAAGCAAAAUCUGACCUUCUGGCAUAUAUAGGUCAAAUGUCAUAUGUCUCUACACAUGCUGAGAAAAGUAAACAAAAAUUGACAGAAACUGAUACAAGACAAUAUAAUGUCAAGAAUUUAAAAGAGGAAGAAGAUGAAGACAUGCCAGAUAUCAAUUGAUACAUGACAUUAGGAUCUUAACAAUUAUUAGUGAACUAAAUUCUUGUUAAAAAUAGUUUUGAAUUUUAAAAUAA